GCAGAACUAAGAUGAUGUACAUAUCAGGUGUAUUUUAAUUCAAUUUUGUGUGUACAGUAUAUAGUACACGAGAAGCAGAGCAGAUCGACUGUGAUUGUUAUUUUCUUGUCUCACCCUUGAGCCCAGCUUGAUUGUUCAAUCCGGGAACAAUCUCUUGUAUACUUACGUUAUCUAAAUUCAUGUUUUGUUACAGAAAUCAUCUGGGUGGCUGAGUUCAAGAUUUGAUCAACAUGGGCUUCUUGAUAACCUCCCUGAUUUUCAUUGUGGCGGGUGUCAUAGGGGCUCUUUUGGCCAGAAUCUGCUGCAACAGAGGACCUUCUGGCAACCUGUUUCACUUAACCUUAGUUAUUACAACAACAGUUUGUUGUUGGAUGAUGUGGGCAAUUGUGUAUCUUGCACAGAUGAAUCCGCUUAUUGUUCCAAUUCUGAGUGAAGGGUAGUAAGUUCUGCCAAAUGAGUUCUACAACCUUUGGCUAUCGCAUUGUAUAAUUGAUGGGUAAUGCAGAUAUAUGAUUGCUGCAAUUCUUUACCCAUUUU